CUUGGUCUAGGAGGGAGCGCGCCGCACGCGUGAGUAAACAGCCGGAGCCGGGGAAAGUCGAGCUCUGGCAGCGUCCGGGUGCCGAGGGGCAGAGGCGGAGAGGACCCUGUCCUGAUCUUCCUAGGGUGGCCGACAUGACGGCCAGGGGUCAGAGCCCCCUCGCGCCCCUGUUGGAGACUUUGGAAGACCCUUCUGCCUCCCAUGGAGGGCAGACUGACGCUUACCUGACUUUGACCAGUCGUAUGACUGGAGAAGAAGGAAAAGAAGUAAUUACAGAAAUUGAGAAAAAACUUCCUCGGCUGUACAAAGUUUUAAAGACUCACAUGUCCAGUCAAAACUCGGAGCUGAGUAGUGCUGCUCUACAAGCCCUGGGGUUUUGCUUAUACAAUUCCAAAAUUACCUCAGAAUUAUCAGAGGCAAAUGCUCUAGAAUUGCUUUCAAAAUUGAAUGAUACCAUUAAGAGUUCAGACAAAAAUGUACGUACCAGAGCACUUUGGGUGAUAUCUAAGCAGACAUUUCCCUCUGAAGUGGUUGGCAAAAUGGUAUCCAGUAUAAUUGAUUCAUUAGAAGUGCUAUUUAACAAAGGAGAGACGCAUUCUGCUGUUGUUGAUUUUGAAGCAUUAAAUGUUAUCAUAAGGCUAAUUGAACAAGCCCCAAUUCAAAUGGGAGAAGAGGCAGUGAGGUGGGCAAAACUGGUCAUACCUUUAGUGGUUCAUUCAGCACAAAAGGUACAUUUGCGGGGAGCAACUGCUCUGGAGAUGGGAAUGCCAUUAUUGCUUCAGAAACAGCAAGAAAUAGCAUCUAUUACGGAGCAGCUUAUGACUACUAAAUUAAUCUCAGAACUUCAGAAGCUAUUUAUGAGUAAAAAUGAGACUUACGUGUUAAAAUUAUGGCCUUUGUUUGUCAAACUACUCGGAAGGACCUUGCAUCGAAGUGGGAGUUUCAUCAAUUCUCUGUUGCAACUAGAAGAACUUGGAUUUCGUAGUGGAGCACCCAUGAUUAAAAAGAUAGCUUUUAUUGCUUGGAAGAGUUUAAUAGAUAAUUUUGCUUUAAAUCCAGAUAUUCUGUGUAGUGCAAAAAGACUCAAGUUGUUAAUGCAGCCUUUGAGUUCCAUCCAUGUGAGGACAGAAACUCUAGCAUUAACAAAACUAGAAGUCUGGUGGUAUUUACUGAUGAGACUUGGACCUCAUCUUCCUGCUAAUUUUGAACAGGUUUGUGUGCCUCUGAUUCAAAGUACAAUAAGCAUUGAUUCUAAUGCCUCACCUCAAGGCAAUUCAUGUCAUGUAGCUACAUCUCCAGGUUUAAAUCCUAUGACUCCUGUACACAAAGGUGCUUCCUCCCCGUAUGGAGCCCCGGGAACUCCCCGAAUGAACCUGAGUUCGAAUUUAGGUGGAAUGGCUACAAUCCCUUCCAUUCAACUUUUGGGACUUGAAAUGUUGCUUCAUUUCUUGUUGGGUCCAGAAGUCUUGAGUUUUGCUAAGCAAAAUAAACUUGUGCUGAGCUUAGAGCCACUGGAAUAUCCGUUAAUCAGCAGCCCUUCUUUUUUUUCCAAACAUGCAAAUACAGUUAUCACUGCUGUUCAUGAUAGCUUUGUUGCAGUUGGAAAAGAUGCCCCCGAUGUGGUUGUCAGUGCUAUCUGGAAGGAGCUAAUUAGCUUGGUGAAGUCAGUUACUGAAUCAGGUAACAAAAAAGAGAAACCAGGUUCUGAAGUUUUGACUCUCUUAUUAAAGUUUUUGGAAAGCAUAGUAAAGUCUGAAGUAUUUCCUGUAUCAAAAACGCUGGUCCUCGUGGAAAUUACAAUUAAAGGACUUCCUCAGAAAGUGUUAGGUUCACCAGCAUAUCAGGUUGCUAAUAUGGAUAUUCUUAAUGGAACUCCAGCUUUGUUCUUAAUUCAGUUAAUUUUCAACAAUUUCUUGGAAUGUGGUGUAUCAGAUGAAAGGUUCUUUCUCAGUUUGGAAUCACUUGUAGGCUGUGUUCUUUCUGGUCCAACUUCACCACUAGCUUUCAGUGACUCAGUUUUAAAUGUUAUUAAUCAAAAUGCAAAGCAGUUGGAAAAUAAGGAGCAUCUCUGGAAAAUGUGGAGUGUUAUAGUCACCCCAUUAACUGAAUUGAUUAAUCAGACCAAUGAAGUAAAUCAAGGUGAUGCCUUAGAACAUAAUUUUAGUGCCAUCUAUGGUGCAUUGACUUUACCAGUAAACCACAUUUUUUCAGAACAGAGAUUUCCAGUGACCACCAUGAAGACUUUGCUUAGAACUUGGUCAGAAUUAUAUAGAGCAUUUGCUCGUUGUGCUGCUUUGGUGGCAACAGCAGAAGAGAACUUGUGCUGUGAGGAACUUUCUUCUAAGAUAAUGUCCAGUUUGGAAGAUGAAGGCUUUUCUAAUUUGUUGUUCGUGGAUAGAAUUAUUCAUAUUAUUACUGUAAUGGUUGAUUGCAUUGACUUCUCACCAUAUAAUAUUAAAUAUCAGCCCAAAGUUAAAUCACCACAGAGACCUUCAGAUUGGUCCAAAAAGAAGAAUGAGCCCCUAGGGAAAUUGACUUCUUUAUUUAAACUUAUUGUGAAAGUGAUCUAUUCUUUCCACACUCUGAGCUUCAAGGAAGCACAUUCCGAUACCCUCUUCACUAUUGGCAACUCAAUCACCAGCAUUAUUUCCAGUGUACUUGGACAUAUUUCUUUGCCUUCUAUGAUCCGAAAAAUAUUUGCAACUUUAACAAGACCUCUGGCAUUAUUUUAUGAAAACUCAAAGCUUGAUGAAGUUCCUAAAGUAUAUAGUUGUCUGAACAACAAGUUAGAAAAGCUACUGGGAGAAAUUAUUGCUUGUCUGCAAUUCAGCUACACCGGAACUUAUGACAGUGAACUUCUUGAACAACUGUCACCACUAUUAUGCAUAGUAUUUCUGCACAAGAAUAAACAGAUUCGAAAACAGAGUGCUCAGUUCUGGAAUGCCACUUUUGCUAAAGUGACGAUGUUGGUUUAUCCUGAAGAGUUAAAACCAGUACUAACACAAGCCAAACAAAAAUUUCUGCUCCUGUUGCCUGGUUUGGAAACUGUUGAAAUGAUGGAGGAAUCCAGUGGACCAUAUUCUGAUGGAACAGAAAAUUCACAACUAAAUGUGAAGAUAAGUGGCAUGGAGAGAAAAUCAAAUGGAAAAAGAGAUUCAUUUUUGGCACAAACAAAGAAUAAAAAAGAAAAUAUGAAACCAGCAGCCAAACUGAAACUUGAAUCUUCAUCUUUAAAAGUAAAGAGUGAAAUUCUUUUGGAAGAGGAAAAGUCUACUGACUUUGUGUUUAUACCUCCAGAAGGAAAAGAUGCAAAGGAAAGAAUAUUAACUGAUCAUCAAAAAGAAGUUCUCAAAACAAAGCGGUGUGAUAUUCCUGCCAUGUAUAAUAAUCUGGAUGUUUCUCAAGAUACCUUAUUUACUCAGGAUAGUCAGGAAGAGCCUAUGGAAAUUCCUACUUUAUCCAGAAAACCAAAGGAGGAUUCUAAGAUGAUGAUUACGGAGGAGCAAAUGGACAGUGACAUUGUCAUUCCUCAAGAUGCCACGGAAGACUGUGGUAUGGAUGAACAUCUUGAAAAGGCCUCCCUUUCAAAUAAUGAGUGUGGUUCUCUUGAUAAAACCAGUCCAGAAAUGUCGAACAGUAAUAAUGAUGACAGAAAAAAAGCUUUAAUUUCAUCAAAGAAAACAUCAAUUGAAUGUGCAUCUAGUACAGAAAAUUCUUGCGUUGUCAGCAGUAGUUCAGUUUCUAAUACCACUGUUGCUGGAACUCCCCCAUACCCUACAAGUCGGAGGCAAACCUUUAUUACUUUGGAGAAGUUUGAUGGUUCAGAAAAUAGACCUUUUAGUCCAUCCCCCUUGAAUAAUAUUUCAUCAACUGUUACAGUGAAAAACAACCAGGAAACCAUGAUUAAAACAGAUUUUCUACCAAAAGCAAAGCAAAGAGAAGGGACUUUUUCAAAAUCUGAUUCUGAAAAAAUAGUGAAUGGAACUAAGAGAUCAAGCCGGAGAGCUGGUAAAGCUGAACAAACAGGGAAUAAAAGGUCUAAGCCCUUAAUGAGAUCUGAGCCGGAGAAAAAUACUGAGGAAUCUAUUGAAGGCAUUGUAGUCUUAGAAAAUAACCCACCUGGUUUGCUUAAUCAAACAGAAUGUGUGUCAGAUAAUCAGGUUCAUCUUUCUGAAUCUGCAGUGGAGCAUGACAAUACAAAGCUUAAAGCAACAACAAUGGAAAAUGCUGUAUUAUUGGAAACUAAUACUGUAGAGGAGAAAAAUGUAGAAAUUAAUUUGGAAUCCAAAGAAAAUACACCCCCAGUAGUAAUAUCAGCAGAUCAAAUGGUAAAUGAGGAUAGUCAAGUUCAGAUAACUCCAAAUCAGAAAACCCUUAGACGGUCUUCAAGGCGACGUUCAGAAGUAGUAGAGUCUACCACUGAAAGCCAAGAUAAGGAAAAUAAUCAUCAAAAAAAGGAACGACGUAAGGAAGAAGAAAAACCUCUUCAGAAGAGUCCAUUGCAUAUAAAAGAUGAUGUGUUACCUAAACAAAAACUGAUUUCUGAACAAACUCUACAGGAGAGUUUAAUUGAGAAAGGAAGUAAUUUACAUGAGAAGACUCUUGGGGAAACUAGUGCUAAUGCAGAAACUGAACAAAAUAAAAAAAAGGCAGACCCUGAGAACAUUAAGUCUGAGGGGGAUGGUACCCAGGACAUUGUAGAUAAGUCCUCUGAGAAACUAGUCAGAGGCCGAACACGAUAUCAAACAAGAAGAGCAUCUCAGGGUUUGCUUUCCAGCAUUGAAAACUCAGAAUCUGAUAGUUCGGAGGCAAAAGAAGAAGGUUCUAGGAAGAAGAGAUCUGGAAAAUGGAAAAACAAAAGCAACGAAAGUGUUGACAUUCAAGAUCAAGAAGAGAAAGUGGUGAAACAGGAAUGUAUAAAAGCUGAAAAUCAGUCACAUGAUUGUAAAGUAAGUUCUGAAGAAGAUGGAAGCAUAAAACCUCAGAUUUGUGAAAAACAAGAUGAAAGUAGUACUGUAAUAUGUCAGGAUUCUACAGUAACUUCAGAUUUGUUGCAAGUUCCUGAUGAUUUACCAAAUGCAUGUGAGGAAAAAAAUGAAACUAGCAAAUAUGCAGAAUAUUCCUUUACAAGUCUACCUGUGCCAGAAUCAAAUCUAAGGACUAGAAAUGCCAUUAAGAGAUUACAUAAGCGAGACUCUUUUGAUAAUUGUAGUUUGGGAGAAUCUUCAAAAAUAGGGAUGUCAGAUAUUUCUUCACUUUCAGAAAAAACUUUUCAAACACUUGAAUGCCAACACAAGAGAAGUAGGAGGGUGAGGAGAUCUAAAGGUUGUGAUUGCUGUGGGGAAAAAUCACAACCUCAGGAAAAGUCACUCGUCGGGAUAAAGAAUACAGAAAAUAAUGAUGUAGAGAUUAGUGAAACAAAAAAGGCAGAUGUACAAGCACCUGUAAGCACAUCAGAAACUUCUCAAGCUAAUCCAUGUUCUGAAGGACAAUUUUUAGAUGAACAUCAUAGUAUGAAUUUUCAUUUGGGUCUCAAAGAGGAUGAUACCAUUAAUGAUUCAUUAAUUAUUUCUGAAACCAAAUCAAAAGAAAACACUAUGCAAGAAUCUCUUCCUUCUGGAAUAGUAAACUUUAGAGAGGAAACUUGUGAUAUGGAUUCUAGUGAAGCAAUGUCUCUUGAAAGCCAAGAGUCACCUAAUGAAAAUUUUAAAACUGUUGGCCCAUGUUUAGGAGACUCGAAAAAUGUUUCACGGGAAUCUUUGGAGACAAAAGAAGAAAAACCAGAAGAAACCCCAAAAAUGGAACUGAGUCUAGAGAAUGUUACUGUUGAAGGAAAUGCAUGUAAAGUAACAGAAUCCAAUCUAGAGAAAGCAAAAACUAUGGAAUUGGAUGUAGGAAAUGAAGCUAGCUUCUAUGAACAAGAGAGAACCAAAAGUGGUAUUUCUGAAGAAGCAGCAAUAGAAAAUAAAAGAAAUGAUGACUCUAAAGCAGACACAGCUAAACUGAAUGCCAAAGAAGUAACAACUGAGGAAUUUAAUUCAGAUAUUAGUCUUUCUGAUAAUACUACACCUGUAAAAUUGAGUGCUCAAACUGAGAUUUCUGAACAAACAGCAACUGGGGAACUAGAUGGAGGAAAUGAUGUAUCUGAUCCAUACUCAUCUGAAGAAACGAAUACUGAAAUGAAAAAUUAUGAAGAAAUGAUGAUUGGCGAGGUGAAGGCUGAAACUGGCCAUGAUGGUGAAACAGAGAAUGAGGGCAUAACUACCAAAACCUCAAAGCCUGAUGAAGCUGAAACAAAAAUGUUGACUGCAGAAAUGGACAACUUUGUUUGUGACACAGUUGAAAUGAGCAUUGAAGAAGGAAUCAUUGACGCUAAUAAAACUGAAACAAAUACUGAGUGUAGUAAAUCUGAAGAAAAAUUAGAUAACAAUCAAAUGGUAAUGGAAAGUGAUAUUUUACAGGAAGAUCACCAUACUUCAGAGAAAGUGGAGGAACCAUCACAGUCUCUGACAUCUGGAACAGCUAUCUCUGAACUAAUAAUAGGAGACAAUAAUGCAUCUCCUCAAAAACUAAGGGAACUUGAUCCUUCACUUGUGUCAGCAAAUGACAGUCCUAGUGGCAUGCAGACACGCUGUGUCUGGUCUCCUUUGGCUUCUCCAUCUACGAGCAUUUUAAAGAGAGGACUAAAAAGAUCCCAAGAAGAUGAAAUCUCAUCACCUGUUAAUAAGGUUCGCCGUGUCUCCUUUGCAGAUCCAAUAUACCAAGCAGGAUUGGCAGAUGACAUUGAUAGACGGUGCUCUAUUGUUAGGUCCCAUUCUUCAAAUAGUUCUCCCAUAGGAAAAAGUGUUAAAACUUCUCCUACUGCACAAUCUAAGCAUAAUACCACUUCAGCCAAAGGAUUUCUGUCCCCAGGAUCACGUAGCCCUAAAUUUAAGAGCUCAAAGAAGUGUUUAAUUUCAGAAAUGGCCAGAGAAUCCAUACCAUGCCCAACAGAAAGUGUUUACCCAGCAUUGGUGAACUGUGUGGCACCAGUUGACAUCAUUUUACCUCAGAUUACAUCAAACAUGUGGGCGAGAGGCCUGGGACAACUCAUUAGAGCUAAGAAUAUAAAAACUAUUGGUGAUUUGAGUACUCUUACAGCAUCUGAAAUAAAAACUCUUCCUAUCCGUUCUCCAAAAGUGUCCAAUGUAAAAAAGGCUCUCAGAAUAUAUCAUGAGCAGCAGGUGAAGACUCGUGGACUAGAAGAGAUUCCAGUUUUUGAUAUUUCUGAAAAAACAGUAAAUGGAAUAGAAAAUAAAUCUCUGUCACCUGAUGAAGAAAGACUUGCCUCAGAUAUAAUUGAUCCUGUUGCUUUAGAAACUCCGUUAUCCAAAAACCUUGUGGCACAGAUUAGUGCUCUUGCUCUUCAGCUGGAUUCAGAAGAUCUUCAUAAUUAUUCAGGAAGCCAACUAUUUGAAAUGCACGAGAAACUAAGUAGUAUGGCAAACUCUGUAAUAAAAAAUCUACAGUCACGUUGGAGAUCACCAUCCCAUGAAAAUUCUAUUUAGUAUUUUCAGAGAAAAUUGAAGGUUUUUUUAAACAUCACUGGAUUUGUUGAUUGAGGAAACAAGUUCUGAAAUAAUAGCACAAUUUCAAAGAAGAGACUCUUUGCAAAGUUAACAUUUCAAACCCUGAAGGACAGUGACUUAUUAUGUAAGUUCAAUUUUGUAAGUUCAUUAUGUAAGAUCUUUUUUUUUUUUCAUAUAUUGUAUUUUUCUUGGCUGCUAUGCGUGGUUUUUCAGGAAAUUUAAUUAUCUUACUGAGAUGUGAAAGCAAAACUAGUAACGGAACUAUACAUUUUAUUUCAUACUUUCUUAAACCCGUGCAUAUUCUGGUGAAACAUGUAAAAUACUUUUAAGUAAAAUUGAACAUUUUUAUUUGAAUUUUUGCUGAACUGAUAAAGGUGUUUAUACUUUUGUUUGUUUGUUUGUUUAAUUCAUGUUUGUUGGGACUGAGGUUUAGGAAGUUUGUUACUGGUUAAAAACCUCAAAUGAAAUGCGAAAGAAUUGGAACUUUUCCUGCAUAUGUCAACUUUUGACAGCUUUCAAGAAAAAUGAGAAAAGUUUCAACUUCUGGGGGUUAAAAUAUUAAUGCAGAAUUUACUAAGAUUUUAUUCAUUUGCAUUAGCAAAUAUUCGUGCAGCAGCAGUUGACUGUGAAAAUUUAUUCUUAUUAGACGUAUUCAUUUUUAAAUGCAUGAUUGUACAUUAUGUAUAGACGACAAUGUUUUUAAUUUAUAAAUUUCAUUCUUUGUUAAUUGCAUGGGUUUUUCUGCAGCUUAUUGUGAAUACCUUGGUUCUGUUCAAUAGAAACAUUUUGUAUAUAUUAAAUACUGAAAUAGCAGUAUCGACGGUGGAAGUGCUUCAUGGGCUUGCUGCACAUAUUUGUAGGAUACUGUAACUGCAAAUACAACAACAAAUAGUUUUGUACUUAAUUAACAGUCUUAGUUAAAACGCGACUUUAUUUUCUAAAAGUAUCCAGAAUAAGUAAAAUUAUAGAAAUAAGAAAAUGUUACACAACUUUGCUGUUCAUACCCUUACCUUCUUACUACUUUUGAUUUGGAAGAGGGUAUCAGCCACUAGAAAGUGUGCCUCCUUAACAUUUCUUAAAGGAAAGUUUCAGUAUUUCACAGCAGGUUGGACUGUACGAAAUCUAGAGUUGAUCUGCUUUUUAAACCUUCAUUUAAAAGCAAACUUGGAAGAAAUUUGAAACUGUUGUUUUUAAUAUAUGUCUGUUUUGCCUAGGUUUUCUUUUUUUAAAGAGGUAUGUAAUUAAAACCUUUGUAAAUUUUGCCAACUAAUAUUAGUGCCCGACUUCGCAUAUUUGUUUCAUCUUUUUAACUGACAAUAUAUUUCACUUGUUCUCUGAAAAGAAUGAGUGAGUGAUCUCAGUUUUCACAUUUUAUUCAGAAGCUAAUCCCUACUUAGCAAGGCACACAUUCUACAGCAAGUCAUAGAAAGUUUAAUCCUUGUGCCUAGUUAGCUCUCGUAUAUUCAGGGAUCUCUAUAAAAGUUGGUGUCUUUUUUCAUCAACCCCUAUAAAAGUUGGUGUCUUUUUUCAUCAUCAUAAAUUCAUCAUAAUCACAGAUAUUUUGGGGUCUAAAUAAGAUAUUCAUAUACCAAGGAUGGUUUUAUAAAGAAUUCUGGGAUCAUUGAAUUAAGGAUUGUGGCUUGAAGUAACUAAAGAAAAAUACUAAUUUCUUUAAAAGGAAUUAUAAUUAUGAUUUAUAUUUUACAUCAUUCAUUUCCCAAAUUAUAUUUAACCGUAAGGAGGUGCACGAGUUUUUAGCAAACAGGUAUGAAUAAGCAGCUAUGUAUAUGUGUUUGGGGCAGAGGGGAGCAGAUUACUUUAACACACUUCAGAAUUAAAAUUAGCUUGUUUCAUGACUAUGUGCCUUAACGUUUGUGUGAACUAAACUUGCUGAUUGAAUGAAAUUCUUGGGAAGCCGAACAGUAAUAGCAGAAAAUGUGACCAAAUGAGUAUCAUGUACUUAAAUCACUGAAUUUUAUAUAAGCACAAGUAUUAAUUUUAAAAACAUUAUAGUUUAAUAAGGUUGCAUUUAAAAUAUUUGGGAGCAAAGACAAGCAUGCUAAAUCUUCAUUUUGCUGUGGCUAUAAGCAUAUAUUUUUGGCAACUUAUUUGCAAUAUUCUUGCCUUAAAGUUUCCUGCAAAUUUCCCCCUUAGUAAUUCCCGAAUAGCAAAACAUUAAUAUUCCCUGAUUAGCUCUACUGUGUUGUCUCACUAUUAAAAUGGAAUUUGUUUUUUCAAAUCUUUUCUAAUGGUUAAUAAAACAAAUAUCAGAUCAUAAUAACACUCAAAUGUGUCUUAAUUGUCUUAUGCAUAUUUAAGAAGAAAAAACUAGUGGCAUAGAGGAGUGUCAUGUAGUAUCUUUUUUUUUUUUGAGACACAGUCUUGCUCUGUUGCCCAUGCUAGAGUGCAGUGGUGCAAUCUCGGCUCACUGCAAGCUCUGCCUUCCAGGUUCACGCCAUUCUCCUGCCUCAGCCUCCUGAGUAGCUGGGACUACAGGUGCCCGCCACCACGCCCGGCUAAUUUUUUGUAUUUUUAGUAGAGAAGGGCUUCACUGUGUUAGCUGGGAUGGUCUUGAUCUCCUGACCUCGUGAUCCGCCUGCCUCAGCCUCCCAAAGUGCUGGGAUUACAGGUGUGAGCCACCGUGCCCGGCCAUUUUCUUUUUUUUUUUUUUUUUUUGAGAUGGAGUUUCGCCCUUGCUGCCCAGGCUGGAGUGCAGUGGCACGAUCUCAGCUCACUGCAACCUCCACCUCCUGGGUUCAAGCGAUUCUCCUGCCUCAGCCUCCCGAGUAGCUGGGAUUACAGGCGCCUGCCACCACAACUGGAUAAUUUUUGUAUUUUUAGUAGAGACGGGGUUUCACCAUGUCGGCCAGGCUGGUCUCGAACUGACCUCAGAUAUCCACCUGCCUCAGCCUCCUAAAAGUGCUGGAAUUACAGGCGUGAGCCACCGCUCCUGGCCUGUCAUUCUCAUAUCUAUGAAAUCUGUUUUGGAUUUUAGAGUGGAUUUAAAUUUUCAGUAUUUCAGUGAUCUCAUUGUUAAAGCUGCUUUGCCACUUGUACAAGUUUGAAAACCAUUGUUGAAUCAUAUGGAGCUUUACUCUAAUUCAAAAUAGUUAAAAGAUGAAUCAGGUUAAAUAAUGCUAUUGGAUAAUACAGGCAAAAACAGGAUUUAAACCCGCACAUUAAAAGCAUGAUUGAAGGCCGGGCAGGUGGAUCACUUUGGUCCAGGAGUUCAAAACUGACCUGGCCAAUGUGGCGAAAUCCUGUCUCUACUAAAAAUACAAAAACCAGCCAGGCAUGUUGGUGCAUAUUUGUAAUCUCAGCUACUCGGGAGGCUGAGACAUGAGAAUUGCUUGAACCUUUUAGGCGGAGGUUGCAGUGAGCCGAGAUCAUGCCAUUGCGUGACAGAGUGAAUCUCUGUCUCGCAAAAAAAAAAAAAAAAAAAAGUUUAAUUCUAACAUUGCCCAUGGAUUUUUUUUUUUUUCUGUACAGCUUGAAGAUAAGAUAGUUAAAGACUCUUUUACAAUUUAAACAUCAUAAAAAUGUGAAGAGUAAGUCAUGAGGCAAGAAACAAAAUUGGGGGAAAUGGUGGGGAUCGUGAAUAUGUAAGUGAGGUUUUAUUUUUUAAGGUGUAAAGGAAUGAGAAUAGAGUAAUUGCUUUUUAAAAAGAAAGUAUAAAAGAGUUAAUUUUUUUCUUCCAACUUUGACUUUAAUUCAGUAAGAAAGGCCUAGGUUUUAUCUCAUAUUCUUCAUAAUUGAUUUUCAAGAAGUUAAUUUGUCAUUCAGCCUAGGAGGCUAUACAGCAGUUAGUUGGCAUUAUUAGACUAAAACUUGGGUGGGGGGAGGAGACUAUUUCCUCAUUGCUGCAACCCAUGUCUAUCUUAUUCCUAAGCCAUUAGAAAGACCUUGUACUUCGUAUAGAAACAUUAGAGUGAGGUUUUGAUUUUUAACAUAGUGCUCUCUCAAACUUUGAUGUGCAUAUGAACAAGCGGAUUCUGAUUCAGUAGAUCUACAUUGGGCCCUGUGAGUCUUUUUAAACACAGUCCCAGGUGAUUCAUACAGAUGCCUGUGAACUGCACUGGUAGAUGGGCCUAAGAGGCUUCAGGCUGUAUUUUAGGUUUUGGUAACCCAGGCAGAUUCAAGUCCUUUUAUAACUCUGUCAAUUUUAUGAAUUGGGGGUGCAGACUGGUUUUGAAGGCUUAAAGUUCAAAAACUUUAAGAAAGUUAAGAAUUUUGCUUAAGAUCCUUUUAAAAAUAUGGAUGAUUUAUUUUUUAAGUAGGCAGACUAAGAAUUUCAGGUUAUAAAGAAUCUUAUUGAUAAGGCAAAUUAGACAAAGUAUUUUCUCAUGAGUAUUUGUGGGUUAUGUUUUUGUUAAUAUGAAAGUUGAUUUCUAAGUAUUAGAAUAUAUUUAGUCUCUAAAUAAAUCUUGCCUUCUAUUGUGGAUCAUCAUUAUUAAUAAACAUGGAAAAUCAACACUACCCCUAAUAUUAAUUUGGCAGUUAAAUUUAGUAGUGCUAUAAUGAAUAAGUCAGUCUAGCAGAUAUGCCCUGUCAUUAUACUGCAGACCUCUGGUCACUUAAUUUUCUGUUAUAUUACGUGGUUGAAAAUUCCUGUUUCAUUGUAAAGUGAAAUUUGAAAGAUAGAGUUGAAUAAUAUGAUUCUGGAAAAGUGAGUUUUUCUUGGAAUUCUGUUAAGGUGUUGGAUUUUCCUCACAUAUUUAAAUAAUCUGUAAGAACUACCCUGAAAGCACUAGGGAAAAUGUAGCCGAAAGUUAAGUAAUAGGUUUUAAAAAUUUGUUUAUCAAAAUUUGUUGAUAGUUUGAUCUGUAAAACAAAUUGGGUUUCGUGCUUUCUGAUGUCCAGUUAAUAAGUUAUGUGCCAGGCUUUACAUACUGCUCUUUGCAAGUAGCCAUUAAAAUGUAAGUCAUCGAAGUUUCGAGAUCUAUAAAUAUUUAAUAUAGUCUAAACAGUUGUGAGAAUUUACUCAGUUCUGAAAUAGAAUGUUAAAUUUUCUGAUGUGGUCCUAAUCAUUUUUUUCUUUACAUACUAAGCCUUUCUUUCUCCAAAGAACAGUUAAAACCAAAUAUGUUGUGGUAAGCUGUAAAUACCAUUGGAAUAAAAGAUAACCCUUCAUCUUACCUAAAAAAUUGAAGACAAUAUUUUCAAUUGUUGAUGUCAGAAGUAAGAAAAAGCCUCUAACUUUUGUACUCUACUUGUAGCAGAGGGAAUAUUUUUGGCCACAGUGUGCCAAUUUAUAAUUGUAGAUAAAGCUAAAUUUACUGGACAGCAAGCUUAUAUGCUGAUAGAAGUUGAUGCACUGAGAAGUGAUGAGUUGAAGAGAAUGGAAAAGGCAGAUUGAGCUGGAAUUUUAAUGCAUAGUCCAUUUAGUAGACAAGCUGUCCUAUAUACUCCUAUAUACUUCAGAAAUAGCUGAUAGCCUAUAGUCUCUGAGAGCUGUUCUGUCCAUAGCACAGUAUUAUAAUUGAUGUUCAUAAAUACCCUGAGGGAUUAUGUUAAAAUACAUUAUUAAUACUCCCACAAAAGCAGUAAGUUAAUAAGUAUUUCCAACAAAAGGCGGCUUUGUUUCUUAAACAGAUAAACAACAUAUAACUAGGAAGAUCACCUUCAAAAUAAAGUGUCAUGGAACUGAAAAUAGAGUAUAGUGUAACAAUUAUUUUGAUACAUUAUUGAAUAGCUAACAAGUGUCUUAAAGAAUUUUUUAUUUUUAUAGAAUAGGAAGUUUCCAAAAGAAAACAGAAUUAAGAGCAAAAUUGGUUUUGAGUAUAGAAACUGAAGGAUGGCAGUCUUAACUCCUAAGUUUUUUUACAGAGCACAGAUUGGUAAACUAGCAUGCCACCUGUUUUUUGUACUACCUGUGAGCUGAGACUGGUUUUUACAUUUUUUAAUGGUGAAAAAAGUCAAAAGAAGGAUAUUUUGUGACACAUGAAAACGUAUUAAAUUAAAAUUUCAGUAUCCAGAAAUAAAGUUUUAUUGGAACAGCUGUGCUUAUUGUCUUUAGCUGCUUUCCUGGUACAGUGGCUGAGUUUAGUAGUAUAACAGAGUCUGUAUGGCUUCCAACAGUCAAAAUACUGUCUGGCCUUUUAAAGAGUUUGUCGAUCCCUUUUAUGGAGGAAGGUUUUGCUCAUGCAUGGCACGUUAGUCAAUUUAGUUAUUUGCUUCUAGCUGGCAGAGUGAGGUCUUGAUUACUUAAUUUCUAUUACCCCUGUAUUUUCCAAAAUGGCUUCUCCUGAUUUUACUUACAUGUUUUACUAUUGCUCAAAUUACACAGAUACUAGGAAACACUAGUACUUUAUAAGUACACUUCUUUUUCCUACUUAAACUCUCAAACUAUAGUUACGCAUUUGCCAUGAUGUUAAGGGACCUUGAUGGUCUGUGAAUUAUCAGUUGCUUUCUGCACUACCUCCUGUGGAUAGACCUGACUGAUAGCACUUAGAAAAAGACUGAUAGACGCCAAAUCAGUCAUUUAUUAACCCUAUAAUAUUGUUGUCCCGAUCAUUUGGUAAACUCUAAGAGAGCUUAGUUUUACAUUCACAAAGUAUUUAUAUUUGAUAAGUCUUAAAAAUGAUUUAAGUUGAAGCCUAACAGAAGUACUUGUUCAUUCCUCAGUUACCUGCAAAUAUGGAAAUAAUGGUGCAGUCAGUUUUAUUUGAUCGUGUAAUGCUUUAUACUAGGGGUUUCAAACCCCUGGGUGGCAUUAGAUUCUCAUAGGAGCAUGAACCCUAUUGUGAACUGCACAUGCAAGAUAUCUAGGUUGUGCGCUCAUUAGGAGAAUCUAAUACCUGAUGAUCUGAGGUGGAACAGUCUCAUCUUGAAACCAUCUACCCCAACACCUCUGUCUGUGGAAAUUGUCUUCCACGAAACUGGUCCCUGCUGAAAAAAGGUUAGGGGACCACUGCUUUAUACAGUGUUUGAAGCAGGCACACUUACAGUUACUAUUUCUGGUUCUUUAUGACUGUUGAGGGGGGGACGGAAUUCUAUGUUUGAUUCACAGUAAAACUUUUCAUGAAUCAUUGAGGGUUAACUGUUACCACUUGACAAUGGAAACUGGAUAUUGAAACAUUUUUUAAGAAAUGCACUUUUACCUGAAAUAAAACUAUAAAAACUAAA